AAGAGAGGCCAUGCGUGUGCUGCAUGGUCGGAGCUAAUAAAGGGAAUUGCGUCAGUUGCGCACGCCUGUAGCGCAGCCUUGAAAUGCGCCUGAUGCUUUGGCGCUGAGGGGACACACAGGAAAAGUUCUCCACAACGAGAGGCAGCAGGACGCCUGCAGUCUCGUCUUUUUAUGCCUCCUAAACACUUUCCCUUCCGUCAGAGUGUGUUUUUUGUCCUAGCGCACACUUUCCACACAGUGAUCCUCCUUGGGUUCUGGUGAUUUUUUGUGGGUUUUUUUGUGUUUUGUGUGUGUGUGACUUAAGCCAAACGCCAUGGAGCUGCUCUGCCUGGAAAUGGACACCAAUAUACGGGCUCGUCCCGAUCCGAAUCUCCUUUGUGAUGACCGAGUCCUCCAGAGCUUGUUGACCAUAGAGGAGAGGUUCCUACCUCAAUAUUCGUAUUUUAAAGGGGUGCAGAGAGACAUUCAGCCCUUUAUGCGGAGGAUGGUCGCCACUUGGAUGUUAGAGGUUUGUGAGGAGCAGAAGUGCGAGGAAGAAGUUUUUCCCUUGGCCAUGAACUACUUAGACAGAUUUCUAGCAGUGGUACCCACCAAAAAGUGUAACCUGCAGCUGCUGGGAGCAGUUUGCAUGUUUCUUGCAUCCAAAUUGAAAGAGACUCGUCCAUUAACUGCAGAGAAGCUUUGCAUCUACACAGAUAACUCCAUCAGACCACAAGAACUGCUGGAAUGGGAACUGGUGGUGUUGGGGAAGUUGAAGUGGAACCUGGCGGCGGUGACGCCCAACGACUUCAUCGAGCACAUAGUGAGGAGGCUGCCGCUGCCUGAGGAUAAACUGACUCUUAUACGGAAACAUGUCCAGACCUUCAUCGCCCUCUGUGCCACAGAUUUCAGAUUCGCCAUGUACCCUCCAUCCAUGAUUGCCACAGGAAGCGUGGGGGCAGCAAUCUGCGGCUUGCAGCUGGACUCUGUGAACCAGUCCCAGUGGGGGGACAGUCUGACAGACCUGCUGGCCAAAAUCACAAACACAGAAGUGGAUGUUCUCAAAGAGUGCCAGGAGCAGAUCGAGCGUGUGUUAGAGAGCAGCCUGCGUGAGGGCCGGCAGCAGCAACAGCAGCAGCAGACCCAGCGAGGCCCCAGCAGUAAAGGCUUGGACGAGCUGGACCAGUCCUCCACCCCCACAGACGUCCGCGACAUCAACUUGUGAACCACCAGAGGGCAUUGUUGCGCAGGAUUUACAAGAAGAAGAAGAAGAAAAAAAAAGAAUCUUGGAAAAAAAACUUUCUUAAAAGCAGAAAAAAAGAACAAAAAAACAAAAUGUUAAAAACACAAGCCCUUUAAAAGAAAAAGAACAAUGCUUGCUAGUUUUUUUGUAGAUUUUUCUGUUCUUCAAGGCAAAAAAAAGAAAAGAAAACGCCUGCCCACGAAAUAUCCAUUUUUGUUUUAUGAGUCUAAAAGCAACAGAUUCGGUGCACGACGACGCUCCACGGUGCCUUGGAUACACAGAAGGGAAACCAAUCAUAUUUGCAUUCUGUCUUUGAUUGUAUAGAAUGCGUGUUAAGUUAUAUUGUAACCAUAGCUGGUUGGCACAAAGUUGCAUACGUGGGAUCAAAGUACGGGCUUAGUUUUCUUCUCUCCCUCUCUGUUGUGAUAUAUACUCAUGCUAUCUUCAGUAAGAUGUGGCGAGGAAGCCUUGAAAACGGUAUGCUUAACGUCGGUGGCUCCCGAAUCCAGGGAAGAGACAGGAUCCUUUGAAUUGUUAGUCAUAGUAAUUAUUAUUAGCCGUAAUAUUAUUAUUUGACAUAUUUUGAGUAGUCAAGAUCAAUAAGCUCCUUUGUCAGGCUGCUUAUGUGUGUCAGUUAGUGCCUCAGUGUGCGUGUGUGUGUAAGUGUGUGCAGUGUGAAUGGGAUCCUGUAUCUAAAUUAGCAGUAAACAUUGGAAGGCGCGAGGCACUUACGAUGUUAGAAGACGAUGGAGCAAGCUGAGGCUACAUACAUGCUUUGUCUAUCAGUAUAACGGGGCAUCUGUGCUAAGUCACUGCCUUCAUUCAUUAGCAGUGUAUCGAGGACUGUUGUUGGCCAGCAAUAAACUGCUGCAUGGACUAUGAAUGAGACAGAGUUUGUGUGAGUGAAAGAAGCUUCACUCGGAGCCCCUUUGUCUUGAAUACGUCUUGAAUAGCCUCAGCCUCAGAGGUUAUUACUGCCAUUCUGUUAAUGACGGUGUUACAAUGUAAAGGUGGUUUUCCGAGUCUGGAACUCCAGCGUGACGCGCAUUAGAGCACAUUUGAACGGCGGAGAAGGAGCACAGAGGACGUUUCGACUCCAGCGUUUGUCGGAAGGGAGGCGACAGGGUGCGGAGAGAAUGGGAGAUGGAUGGAUGAGUGUGGGGAUGCGGGAGCAUGCUGCUGAUGUACAGCCAGUGGCCGGAUGAUGAAUAAGACGCCCAAUAGAGGGUGGAGAUCAGAAGGUUUGGGUGGGAUUCUUCUAUUUUCUGUAGAUAAUUGAUGGUUGCUGAAUAAGGAACUAAGACUGCCAGAUCUUGGAGGAGUGCAAGAUGACGUCAAUGCAUCUGGAGUCCAACGUAGGGUCGUUUCCAGCUCCCUAUAUGAUUUCAAUGGCAAAGCACUUUGAGAACAUGCUCCCCAGGAGAUGCGUCAAAAUGAAUUGGUGGUGAUUUGGAGGUGGGUGGGUGGGUGUUUCUUUUUGAUUUUAUUAUUUUUUCUUUCUUUGGUUUACUUUGUCGGGCUGGUUUCCCAAUCACCCCCCCCCCUUGUCAAGCAAGAGUCGCAUAAGGACAUUCCAAUCGAAAAGAACAUUCCUAUUCAAGCAAAAGACCAAUGUGACAUAAGGAGCGUGUCCCUUUCCCAGGAUUGGAACAAAAACACAAGACACAGUUCACGUACACUGUCAAGACAUGAAUUCUUUUUUUUUUUGUACUUGAAUUGUUCUUUUUAUUUAUCUGCAUCACAGCCACAGUCGAGUCACACGGGGCGGCGGCCGUGUGGUUGUAACAUCCAAUAUUUGCACAUGUUCUUCAGAGGCCAAUGAGUUGUUAUUUUUUUGUUUGUUUUUUUUUAAGUUUCCAAACCACCACAAGUGAUGUGUGUCGCAGUGGCUGUUGACUUUCUACGGUGCUGGCUUGAAAUGUCACAAAUGGUCACGGACGUGUUGUGUCGUCAGUCCUCUUUGAGCUUUGCUGCUUCGAAUCGUUGACGAGGGGGUUCAUCGGGCAGAGAAACGUGUUUUUCUUUUAAUACCACACAAGCUUGAGGGUUUGGCGCUUUUUUUUUCUUGAAAGACAUCGCCGGUUGUCAAGACUGAAGAGAAUGUGUGGACAUUUUUUUUGUUUGUUUUCAUUUGCCAGUUUUGGAUAAUUGCGCCCCCCCCCCUGCAGGAUGUAAGCUCUCACCCAAACAUAAUGUUUGUGAUUUUUAUUUUGUUUUCUUUCCUGCAAUUUCUCGUUGCGUGUGUUAUAUAUUGAGACCACACUUUCAAUUUGUGUUAUUGAUAUAUUUUAUGGGGUGACCAGACCCACAAAAGGGUUUUUUUUUCUAAGAUUUAGAGAUACUGUAUUCCAAAGUGAAGAGAGGACAGAGGAGGUGUGAAGACAUCAAGAAAAAAAAAGUCAAUAUUUUUAUUGAGUUAUUGUUGUCUUUUUGCGCUGCUAAAAGCUAUGAAUUUGUUUCAUUUAUACAAAAUAACAUUACAGAGUUGUGAUGUGUCACUUGAGUGUGCUGCUAUUUUAUAAACAUUUGUAUUAUAAUAUAAUUAUUUUACUGCUUAAGAGAUAAAUUCAGAAAAAAACGAAGUAGAAGGUGAUAGAAGAACAUGAAAUGAGUAUUCGACUGGAAAUGUUCUUUGUACAGUUUUGCUUAGAUAGCAUGUCUCCUUUACCCCCUAUUUGAAUCUAUUUUGCUAUUUUUCUUCCGUCACAUUCUGCAUCAGUGGUAUAUGUCCUACAGUAUACCUCAGGAUUACACAAAAAACAUACCAACCAAUCCAUCAUCGAUACCUCUGCAGUUAGGGAGCCUGGAAUAGAAUAGAAAAACAAGAAAUUAGCAUUUCUGUGGGUGCACCGCUGUUUGGCUUCCACUUGGACUUACUGGAGGGGGGGGGGGGGUCCACAACAUUUUUGGGGGGUCUAGUUUGUCGGUGCUACAUCUGACAUGUUGUGCAUUCCAAUGAUGGCCAAAGUACACUUGUUGCUUUACACACAAUCACCAUGAAUGUCCGCGCCAAUAUGGAUUCUGAAUGUGGGAACGACGUGUUUUGGUCAAGCGUGUGUGCGUGCGUGCGUGCGUGCGUGUAUGUGUAACUGCCACAAAUUUAUGAAGGUGAGUUACACCUCAUUUUAACCCAUAAAUAUUGUGAUAUCUGGAAGUUUGAAUGGAGCAGAUUUCCCCUUUUUCCCCCGCCCCCUCCUCCACUAGAACUCAUAUCAUGUACCUCAAAUGUCUGUUGCACAACCUCUGUUCAAUAAACUUCUGCUUUAAAGGGUGUGACACCACAUCA